UCAACCUAAAAAUCGCAAGUUGCGUUGAUGUGUUAAAAAAAUUAGUGGCGUUAAAACGAAUUUGCGUUAGCACGUUGACAUUAUUCAUAUUUAAAGUUAAAUUUAGAGUCUGACAGUUAAAGGUGUUUAGUUGUGAUCGAUAAUUACUUUGGAAUGUAAAUGCUUUUUAUUAGUUUUAUUCAUUUGUUUAUUAGAAAGUAAGCGUGAACUGAUAACUCCAUUAAAUCAUUUAAAUUGUCUUAGCAUCAAUAAGUCAAAUGUAAAAUUAAUGUUCACGACGUUCCCUGGCAUUUAUUUUGAAGACUGAUUGGCAGUACUUCCGGUCUGUCUCUCGCUAGCUCCGGUUAGCUUAACGUAGCUAGAUGACGUAUCCGUUUGCUCCCGGUAUAAACACUGGCGUUCCGGUGUCCUCCGUUAAUUAGUCGCUUUCAGACCUCUCGGGACGGAUUAACCGAGCUCUCCGGUGUCCAGACGAACACAGCCGACGUUAACCGAGCCUCUCCGUCCGGUGUUGGGGGGAGUUUUUGGGGUCCAGAGCUGCGCAGAUAAACGGUACCGGACCGGGCUGUCUGCCCGCUGCAUUAACGCCGAAUUAACGGUCACUUUUCCCGCUGGGUGGUCCGGUUCAGCAGCAGCCCUUGACCCGCUUGCUUCUGUGGAUGUAACCGAAUAAAAGAAGCAGCAUGGAGUUUCUCUGGAGCCUCUCCCGGUGCUCCGACACGGUGAGGUAACGGGACCCGUCCUGAACACUCAUCAAACAGCAGCGACCUGUUGCCGGUUGCCCGGUGACGCAACGCAGAGAGGAUGAACGGAGCUGCCUUAACGCUGCUGCUGCUGCUCAGCGGCCGGGCUGCCUUCACUGCUGCCAGGUCCCUGAACGCACCGCAGGACCCAGAGGAUCUGUCUCUGUCUCUGUCUCCGGACGGACAGACGGACGGUACCGACAGUCUGACCGCAGCGGGGACAGGUGUGGACCGACGGCGGCGCCCCCUUCUGGAGAAAACUCGUCCCUUCAUUCUGGUGGGCGGACAGAGGAGGAGCCUCGCUGAAGCCCUACAGGACGGUCACCCCGACAGGCUGCAGUGUGGACUGGAGGUGGGAGGACAACUCUUCCUGCUGGACCUGGAGAAGAACCACGACCUGCUGCCCAAACCGCCCAAUGUCUUCUACUACCUGCCAAACGGCACCGGAGUGUCUGUGAGAGCCGACCCUGUGACUCACUGUUAUUACCACGGCAACGUCCGGGGAUUCCCCCAGUCCAGAGUGGCUCUGAGCACCUGCUCUGGUCUCCGCGGCAUCAUCGCCUUCAACUCCACCCUGAGCUUUGAGCUGCAGCCUCAGGAGGACCACCACCACCAGCCGGGGGAGGAGGUCGGGGGAGGAGGGGAGAGCGGUGGAGACGGGAGUGGAGGGAGCGGAGGAGGAGGAGAUGAAGGACGAGGAGGAGGAGUUCACCUGCUGUUCUCCACCAGCCCUCUGGAGGGCGACGGGGCUGGAGGCUGUGGGGUCUCAAACACCGCUGUACCCCCCAUCCACAGCUCCACACACACUCACAGGAGGAAGAGAGACAUCCUGUCUGAGACCAAAUACAUCGAACUGGUGCUGGUGGCCGAUCACCAGGAGUUCCUGAACUACCAGAAGAACAAUAAAACCAUCAUCUACCGCAUGUUGGACGUGGCCAACCAGGUGGACUGGUUCUACCGUCCUCUGAACGUCCGGGUAGCGUUGACCGGUCUGGAGAUCUGGAGCGACCGCGAUAAGAUCCCGGUGGAGAAGAGUCCCACCGACACCCUCAACAACUUCCUAGAAUGGAGAACCAGAGAGCUGCUGCCGCGCCUUCGCCACGACAACGCCCAGCUCGUCAUGGGUGGCUCUUUUGAUGGCACCACGGUGGGGAUGGCGUCUCAGUCAUCCAUGUGCUCCAAGGACCGGUCGGGUGGAGUCAACGUGGACCAUCUGGUCAGCGUGCUGGGCGUGGCCUCCACUGUUGCUCAUGAGCUCGGCCAUAACUUGGGAAUGAGUCAUGACACCGCCGAGCGCCGCUGUUCCUGUCAGAACGAACGGCGGCUCGGAGGAUGCAUCAUGGAGCCCUCAACCGGGUUCUUGCCGGGUCAGCAGUUCAGCAGCUGCAGCGCUGCAGAUCUGUCCGUCAGCCUGCUGCACGGCGGCGGCAUGUGUCUGUUCAACAUCCCGCAGCCGGACCGUCUGCUGGGAGGACCGCGCUGCGGAAACCUCUACGUGGAGAAAGGCGAGGAGUGUGAUUGCGGCCUGCUGGAGGAGUGUGAGGACCCCUGCUGUAACGCCUCCACCUGUCGGCUGGUUCAUGGAGCUCAGUGUUCGUCUGACGGCAUCUGUUGCCACGACUGCAAGCUGCAGGCGGCGGGUUCGGUGUGUCGCGAUCCACUCGGAGAGUGUGACCUCCCCGAGUUCUGCACAGGCUCCUCCCCUUACUGCCCCCCCAACGUCUUCCUGCAGAACGGGGAGCCCUGCGAGGACGACGCCUCCUACUGCUACGAAGGAGUCUGCGCCAGCAUGCACACCCAGUGCCAGAUGCUGUGGGGACCCAAUGCCACCAGCGCUCCUCCUGUCUGUUUCUCCUCAGUCAACAAACAGGGAAACAAAUAUGGGAACUGUGGUCAGCUGACCAACGGCUCCUACAUCUCCUGUGGAAACUCUGAUGUCCACUGCGGCAGGAUCCAGUGUCAGGGAGGGAGAGAGCGUCCCCUGACGGGCACCAACGCUGAGAUCUUAACCACCAAGGUGCGCUUCAACCACAGCGACCUGGUCUGCAGAGGAACCUUCUUCCACCUGGGAGACGACGUGUCGGACCCCGCCACGGUGGCCCAGGGCACCGCCUGCAGCCCCGGCAAGGCGUGUUUGAACCAGAAGUGUCAGGACGUGUCGGUGUUCGGGGUGGAUGAAUGUCGCAGGAAGUGUAACGGUCACGGGGUGUGUAACAGUAAUAAGAACUGCCACUGUGAGGUGGGCUGGGCUCCACCUGACUGCAGGUACUCUGGUCAUGGAGGCAGCGUGGACAGCGGACCCGCCAGAGCUGCUGGAGAGUCCGACCCGGUCCGAGUGGCUCUGCUUGUCAUCUUCCUCUUCAUCCUGCCCGUGGUGCUCCUCUUCCUCGCUCUGCGCUUCCCUCGGUUCCGUCAGAGUUUCCUGUGUCUGGGACCCAACAGCCCGCUUCAUAAAGCUCGCCAACACAACCGGACGCCGGCGAUGGAGAGAGUGGACGGCAGGAACGGAGAGCAGGUCCGACCUCUGAGGUACCACCUGAACCCGCCAACUGAAAUUCCGCUGACCCCGUCCCACAAAGAGGUUCAUGACAGACCUGCUCCUCCCACUAAGCCACUCCCCCCUGACCCCGCCUUAAAACCCCCGCCGCAGCGGCCUGCCCCCCCCACCAAGCCUCUGCCCCCCGACCCCACCGGCCAGCUGCUGGUGAGUCGACCAGCUCCACCCAGCAAGCCCCUCCCCCCUGACCCCGUCACACCUGGACAGGUCGCUGUUCCACUCAAACCUGUGGUGCCCAUAAAGCCUCGGCUGUUGGCCCCACCGUCCCGCCCCCACAUCCCCCCCCACAUCCCCCCUCACCCCGGCUACCCCGCCAACACCAAACCACCACAUCACGGAGCCGUCGCACCUGCAGCCGGUCCCAACAGACGACCUCCUCUUCCUCCAUUUCGACCCACAAACCCUCAGAAAGUCGACUCGUCGCCACUUUAACAAGCUGAGCGUCAGCAGGUAGAUUUUAUCUGUUAACCUGAUGAUGAAGAAGAAGAUGAUGAUGAUGACUUUAUUAUCCAGUUUGCACUCAGUCGUCGGAUUUUCUCACCUAGUACUUCAUGAACUCACAGAAACUGUAAAUAAUGUUAACGUGCCUUGCUCAGCAGCACCUCGGCAGCCAUAAUGUGGACACUCGGGAACUGAACCCCCGGAACUCUGACAGACAGCUGCUGGAUAUGAUGUCACAUUAAAUGUCUUGGUGUCAACAAUACAGAGCCCCUAGUGCCUUGCUCAAGGACCCUGAGACGGGGAUCAAAACUGUGAUCAAAGUAAAGACGUAUUAGUAGAGCGGUUCCCAAACUGUGGUUCAGGACCGUCUGCAGGACCCUCUGCUGCAGGACCCUCUGCUGCAGGUCCAUCUGCUCCAGGACACUCUACUACAGGACCCACUACUACAUGACCCUCUACUACAGGACCCUCUGCUGCAGGACCCUCUACUACAGGACCCUCUACUACAGGACCCUCUGCUGCAGGACCCUCUGCUGCAGGACCCUCUACUACAGGACCCUCUGCUGCAGGAUCCUCUACUGCAGGACCUGCUGGACCCUCUGCUGCAGGACCCUCUGCUGCAGAACCAUCUACUACAGGACUUGCAGGACCUGCAGGACACUGAAGAGUUCAUGAGAAAUAUUUUUUAAAUUUCAAACAUUAUUUUUUAGCAGCAUGACAGAAAUUAGAAGGUUUUUCUUCCCUCAGCAGGACGGACGGGGAAUUUAACGUGUCGGAUUAUAUCAUCAUGGAGUUAUAAUCUGACCUUCUUCUGAUGAAGUCGACGUUUAUUAAAACAGGAUUUUAUCGUCAUCAGAUUGGACUAAACUUUCAUCAGAUGGUAUAAAAUCACAGACUAGUCCUUUACCAGAAGAUGUACGAUCUGAAAAGACUUGAGAUCCCGGAUCUGACGGUGGACGAUGGACCACGGUUGGAUUUACGAUGGGUUUGGGAUAACAAUCUGAGAUUUUGAGAACAAAGUUGAAAUAUUUUGAGAAAGGUUUGUGAAAAACAAUAUUUUGAGAAGAACAUUUAUUUUUUUUAGAUUAAAAGUCAUCAUAUGUAGAGAGUAAAGUCGGAAUAUAAGAAAAGAGUUAUAAGAAAGG